AUGGUUCGGCACAAGAAAGACUUCCAUGGCAAGGGCAAGGGCAAAUUCCACGGCGCCGGCCCCUCGCGCCAACCCCGCCACCAGGACGACGAAGCUCCCUCCUCCCGCCCGGCGUUCAAGGCCGCCUGCUGGGAUCUCGGCCACUGCGACCCCAAGCGGUGCUCCGGGAAGAAGCUCAUGAGGCUGGGCAUGAUGCGCGACCUGCACCUCGGCCAGCGCCACAACGGCGUCAUCAUAACCCCGAACGGCAAGCACGUCGUCUCGCCCGCCGACAGGGAGCUCCUCGACCAGUACGGCGCGGCGGUCGUCGAGUGCUCCUGGGCUCGCACAAAGGAGGUCCAGUGGAACAAGGUGGGCGGCAAGUGCGAGAGGCUGCUGCCCUACCUCGUUGCCGCCAAUACGGUCAACUACGGCAAGCCGUGGAGGCUGAAUUGCGUCGAGGCGCUGGCGGCCGCUUUUUACAUCUGCGGGCAUCCGGACUGGGCGGAACAGAUUCUGGCUCCCUUCUCAUACGGGGAGUCCUUCCUAGAAAUCAAUUCUACCUUGCUGAAAAAGUAUGCAGCAUGCGAGGACGAGGCCGCCAUGAAGAAAACAGAGGAAGAGUGGAUGGAGCGGUUAGAACGGGAGUAUGCCGAGAACAGAGAGCAAGGCGACGAUGACAUAUGGACCAAGGGGAACACAAACCACAGACCAAGUAUCAUGUCUGAUGAAGAGGAUGACGACGAUGACGAUUCCGAGGCAAGCGAAAAGGAGGACAAUGAGAGUGUGGAUGGCAUAUACCUGGGCAAAAAGCCGCCAGUAGUAGGCCAGAAGGAGGAGGAGGAGGAGGAGGAGGAGGAUAGAUACGCCAUAUCUGAUGACUCUGACGACGACGCGGCCAUGGAGGAGAUUCGUCGGAAGAUUCUUGCCUCAAAAACCUUUACGAACCCUACCCCUAAUGAUAAACAGAAACCUGCUACGAUACCUCGACCCCAGCAGCUCAGACACGAUGAGGAAGCCCAGCCAGAUUCGGACAACAAUGAUAGUGGCAGUGACGCAGAAGAUGAUGAAUUCGACAAUAUCAUUGAAGCCACUCCGAUGACUGACAAGAUCGGCCUUUCCAAGCUGGAAAAGGAAAGAGAGCGGGCAACAAUCACAACCAGAACAUUCUCCUCUAACGUGAUUUCUGCCCCCAAGAGAUCGUAG